CCGGCGUCUUACCCUCUCUCCAACUGCAUCCUCUGAAGAUUUUCGUUGACUAGACGCCAUCCACUUUCGCUACUCUCUCUCUGGAGACUUUUCGAACUCUUUACCAAGUACUGGGCUAUCACCUAUCUAAGUGAAUGAUUCUCGUCGCUCUCGUAUUGCAACCCACCGCCAGCCCAGCUGUCGUCUCUAAAAUUGCUGCCACCCCGUAUAAUCUCCUACACCGGCAGCCAAGCAGAGCACCCAUGUUCAAACUAAUAGCUGCCACAAGGCUCUGGAACUAAUUGCUAAGGAAAUCAAGCGCUAGUGAUUUUUUACCAACAAAUUUCUCGUCUGAUCUAUCCUUGCCUAAUGUUCUGGAUCACACUGGCAGCGCCUGAUAAAAUCUAGGCCGACGGACUUGAAUACCAACAAAUGCUCGCUAGUCAUCGUCAUCGCACAAGCUAGCCGCCAAAAGGGUAGCUUGCGAGUACCGGCUUGGCAAGCCUAAUCAAUAAAAUUUGCGUUGAUGCUCGAUUACUUAACUUGGGCAAGUUAUUUCAGAAAGGGUCGGGGACUGACUCGCUGCUACGCGACCAAUAAGGUCACCACCACCCGUUCCCAGUCGUCUUCACUGGUGGUGUCAGCCCUCAAUUUCACCGACCCAUUUCUGGUCCCCAGGCAUUUGAUAUGGCGGAGCAUGAAAUCGACGUGACUCCCUGGCUCGGUGUGCUCUGCGAUGGCAAGCCCCAUACUUUCAGGAUGGAUGUCGUGGGACAGGGCGAUCAGGUCAAUAACUUCUGGCUGCUCUCCGGAAAGCUUUUUCCUGUGGCUAUACGACGAUGCAACAGCUAUUACCACUGGUCCCAAACCAACCCUCGUUCACCCUAACAACAACUACAAACCCAACUUUUCGCGCUCCGGAAACGGCGCUGUGAGCUGGAAACAGACGGCUAGCCGUUACUUCCAAUUGACUGGGCAGCUCAGUCGUUCUGGCAAGAACAUCACUUCUGUUUGAACCCAGCGCUUCGCUAUGGCCAACAACGGUGCCAAUGCUGGCAACAGCAUAUCUCGCCAGUACACCGGCACAGACAAGAUCUCCAACAACGGUCAAACGGAUUACUUUUUUCAAUUACAACUAUCCUAUCAGCAGGGAGAUCUCAACUACCAAUGGGGGCAACCACAGGGCUAAAACGGACUCUAGCUUGACGCAGACUAUACAAAAAGUCAUCAAUGGCCAGUCGGUCUUAUCCAAUGGUCUGGAACCUUUCCUACGUAAGCUUGGCGGCAUGAUCGGUUCCGAUACAACCACCACGAAGCAGAGCCAGAGCUCGACCGUUACAUACUACGAUGGCUCUGUUGGGCGCACUGGCGGUGCUACACAGAGCUGGAAGAUGGGAGCUCGCAUGGCUGACCGUAUGGAAACGCCUGGAUACAAGCCGCAGUAUGACUUGUUUUCGAGUGACGUUUCCUCUCAGAACUUGGCUUACACCAAGUACGAGAGCUCUGCCUACGACCGCCCUGAUACCUAUGAGAGCAACUCAGCCUCGGCUAAGAAGAAGACCAGACGCGAGCAAAGCGGUUUGAAGAGCUUUCCUUCCGGUGGUGUGACCUUGGGUAAGAGCGUCGCCGUGGGUGCUGGCGAGUUUGCCGUCCGUCCCGCCCCUGGUGGUCUGUAUGCGCAGUCCUGUAAACGCCGUUCCUCAUCGUCAUCUCAGUACAAACUUCAACAUCUUGUUCUUGUACAUGUCAUUUAACAGCUGCAUACACACAUAUAUCCGCACUUCUGCUUUUUACUAGACUUCAGACCCGCAAGAUUUACCAGAGCAUCUUAUAUGCCAUAAUAUUUA